GAUAUGAUCGCUAUACAUGAUAUAUUUUAGGAAGAAAUUGGCAAAGAAGAUAUUAUGUGCUCUUGAAGAAUGAAGUUUUUCAGCUGCCAGCACUGUGCCCUCCCCCAGCUCUGUGCAGGGCCAGUAUCUCCCACAGGGCAGCCUCACGGCCUUCAUUGCCUCUCUCCAGCCAGCUCCAGCACUACAGGACAGAGAUUGGAAUUAAAUGUUACGUGGAAAAAAGCCAACAUGGCAUUCUGUUAAGAAGAUAGACAACCUAAGUGAUGUCUAUCCUGCUUCAAAGAAAAAACUCAGGAGGCUGUACAUUCAUUUAGAGCAGAGUAGACGGAACCUCCUAUGCUCUGGCUUGGGAACCAGGAGGAAUCACUGACUGAGAUUUGCCAACCAGACCUCUAUGCUUGCUUUGACCAGAUCAAGUUCUUUAAGUGACUUUUCCUGGUCUCAAAGAAAGCUUGUUACUGUGGAGAAGCAGGAUAAUGAAACAUUUGGAUUUGAAAUUCAGUCUUACAGGCCCCAGAAUCAGAAUGCCUGCUCCUCGGAAAUGUUCACUUUGAUAUGCAAAAUACAGGAGGACAGCCCAGCUCACUGUGCUGGCCUGCAAGCUGGUGAUGUCCUUGCAAAUAUCAAUGGUGUGAGCACAGAAGGUUUUACCCACAAACAAGUCGUCGACCUGAUCAGAUCGUCUGGAAACCUGCUAACGAUAGAGACUCUUAGUGGAACAAUGAUUCUGCAAAGAACGGAGCUUGAAGCAAAGCUGCAGGUUUUAAAGCAAACCUUGAAACAAAAAUGGGUGGAGUACAGAUCUCUGCAGUUACAGGAACAUCGUCUGCUUCAUGGUGAUGCAGCUAACUGCCCCAGCUUGGAAAACAUGGACUUGGAUGAAUUGUCUUUGUUCGGACCCCUGCCUGGGCCAGGCCCAGCCCUGGUGGACCGGAACCGAUUAUCCAGUGAGAGCAGCUGUAAGAGCUGGCUGAGCUCCAUGACGAUGGACAGUGAAGAUGGCUACCAGACGUGUGUGUCUGAGGACUCCAGCAGGGGUGCCUUCAGUCGGCAGACGAGCACAGAUGAUGAGUGCUUUAUCCCCAAGGAGGGGGAUGAUUUUCUGAGGAGGUCAUCUUCAAGGAGGAACCGGAGCAUCAGUAACACCAGCAGCGGAUCCAUGUCUCCCUUGUGGGAGGGCAACUUAUCGAGCAUGUUUGGGACCCUGCCCCGGAAGAGCAGAAAGGGAAGUGUCCGAAAGCAACUCUUGAAAUUUAUCCCUGGCCUUCAUCGUGCUGUGGAAGAGGAAGAAAGUCGCUUUUGACGGACUGUGGUGUCUUUUCAAAUUAGCUUAUUUCACAAAUAUCUCUAGACUCACCCAGAUCCCAGCUUGGUGGGAAAGUGCAGAAGAAUUGCAAAACUGACAUCCCAUUUCACAGCAAUAGUGACCUUUAUUUAAAUUGUUGUGUCAUAGUUUUUGCUUCUUAAAUCAUUUUUCAACCUAAACAGCUCAAUUUCUAAGCAGAUGGAAACUAAAUAAUAAGUUAAUUAAUAUAACAAAGAUGCAAGUGCCUGCACAUUCCAGUACUGUCUUUGAAAGCAAAACUAAUAUUUAUUUUCUAGAUUAUCCCUGUGAAUAAUUGAGAACUUUUUGGAGUCAAGUAUGAAUAAAGGUUUGGCAGAAUAUAAUAAUCUGGACUAUUUUCUAUAGGAUAAUUGGUGGGUUAUAAAAUCUUAGGUUUGCUUAUGCCCAGUAGCUCCUGGGGAGGCUUAAUAAUAGGCAAUUUUGAAUUUGUUCAAACCUGUAACGGCUUGUAAACAAAGAUGACCAGCCCUUUCUCACAUUUAUAGUGAUAAUAAAGCAGGAAGUAUAAGAUUUAAUAGGAGGGGUGUUAAGGUUCAUGAGAACCAUGGAAAGAUAUGGUCUGAGAUGGGUGCUGCAAAGAUCAUAAUAAAGUCAUUUUUAUAGUCAGUCUAAACAAAA